AGAUGAGAGAGAGUGAGUGAGAGAGAGAGAGAGAGAGAGAGAGAGCGCGCACUCCACGUUGGCGCAGGCACCGGUCCGGGAGAACGGAUCGUUGUGCACGGCGGCAGCAUGGCUUCGUCUCACGGGAGAAGCGACAUGCGGUUCGCGGACUGGAUGGCAAGUUUACCGCAGAGCAUGCACACCAUUCCGCUCACCAACCUGGCCAUUCCUGGUUCCCACGACUCCUUCAGCUUCUACAUCGACGAGGCGUCUCCGGUGGGCCCCGAGCAGCCAGAGACGGUGCAGAACUUUGUUUCUGUUUUUGGCACGGUGGCCAAGAAGCUAAUGAGGAAGUGGUUAGCUACACAGACUAUGAACUUCAACAGCCAACUGGAGGCUGGGAUCCGCUUCUUUGACCUGCGCAUCUCCACCAAGCCCCGCGACCCCGACAACGAGCUGUUCUUCGCCCACGGGCUCUUCAGUGCCACGGUGAGAGAAGGUUUGGAGCAGAUCAGUAGUUUCCUGUCAGCUCAUGCCCGGGAGGUCGUGUUCCUGGACUUCAACCACUUCUACGGCGUGCAGAACCUGCACCACGAAAAACUGGUGGCCAUGUUGAAAGAGGUGUUCGGAGACAAACUGUGCCCAGUCGUCUUUGCUCAGGAGGUGACUCUGCAGUACCUGUGGGAGAAGGAGUACCAGGUACUUGUCUUCUACCACCACCCCAUGGCUCUGGAGGUGCCCUUCCUGUGGCCGGGACAGAUGAUGCCCUCUCCCUGGGCCAACACCACAGAUCCAGAGAAGCUGGUGCAGUUCCUCCAGGCGUCUGUCACGGACCGCAGGAGGAAGGGGACCUUCUUUGUCUCGCAGGUGGUUCUGACACCCAAGGCGAGCACUGUGAUGAAGGGCGUGGCCAGUGGACUGAGAGAGACAAUCACAGAAAGGGCCUUACCGGGCAUGAUGCAGUGGAUCAGAUCGCAGCGACCCGGAGAGAGCGGCAUCAACAUUAUCACAGCUGACUUUGUGGAGCUCGGAGAGUUCAUCAGCGCCGUCAUCACCCUCAACUAUCACCUCGACGACGAUGAAGACGACGCCACCUGAGAACCCUCGGCGGAGGGGGGCGGGGGGCAUCGGGGAGCACAGUCGCCACCGUCGCCGGUGGUUUGGUCUGCGCUCUCACUCUUUUCUCUUUGGCAUUUAUUUCAAGAGGGGAGCUGCACGGCUCCUCUCACUUUAUUUAGGGCUAUAGUGAAUUGAGUGAUCGAAUGGCAAAGACGGGAUGAGGGGAUGAGAAAUUGGGUUUAAGAGGAACAACAGUGAUGUUUGGUUUGGAGCACAAAGAGAAUGAGGUUUCGUUCGUUUCCCAUUGAGGGAUCAACUUUGUUUUUUUUCAAAUGAGAUGUUCAUUUCCUUUACUUCCUGUGCUGUAAAAACUAACCGCUUUCUCCACUGAUCAGAUGCACUCCUUUCAGUUUUACCACUUCGCCAAGGGUAGAUUCUUCUGAGCAUAUCAACUUUCUGCUAAAUGUGUCGACGCGUUCAUUCUUGGUAUUUCUAGUGACAGUGACAGUUUUUUUCCUCAGAGGUAGUUUUUUUAAAAACCAGUUUGUGUAACUCAUACCACUCAAAUUGUGGGGCUGGUGUAAGUAGCUUGCAGUUGUUUGUCUCGUUUGAAGAAUCUGUCCAAGAGACGUUUCAUUUUACUUUGCUCUUUUUUCUUUUUUUAACAAUAUGCAUCUUUAGUCAGAUCGCUGCGGGUGUUUCUGAACAACGCCUCGAGCAGCUUGAAGGCAGACUGUGUUCACGAUGUGUUUACUCAAUACUUUGUCAAGAUAUUCACCUUUUUUUUUUUGCCGAGGGGGGCUUUCUCCCAGUAGUUCUCCACUGAAGUCAGCCUGCAAACCCAAACACUGAUCGGACAACUUCGUACAUUGGUAGAGCAUCGAUUCACUUGUUCAAAACCGGUAGAGAAAACGAGAUUGAGAGUUUGGCUUGGAUCGCAGACACAAAAUGCUGCGUGACUUCGUCUUUGGUGCAUCCAAAUGAGACAGUAAUUAUCACCUCGUUGUCGUGUCUAAAAUCUCAUGACAAAUCGACUGUUGCAGCGAGGUAUCCGACGUUAAAAAAAGAAUUUGUACAGGACAGCUGGAAGUGCAAUCCGGUGUAUUACUCAUCUCUGACGGUUCCAAUGUGACAACAUGUAUUAGAUUUUGUAGUGGGUGCGAAGUCGUGAUAGCCAAGUAUAGAAAUACAGUACAUCUGGAUACAAGAGCGUAUCUGCUGUCUGUGUUUCCCCUGCUGACUGCUUCCCCCCCUUUAGUGUGUGUCUACACUUGCUGCUGUAGUCUGAGUCAUCAUGAGAUGUGUCACGGUUUUGUGACUUUUUCAUAAUAACAGGUGGUAAAGUUGCUCGACACCCCAUUCUCGAAAAUCCAUUUUUUCUCGAAGUCAAGAAAAGGUAGACAUCACAUUUUUUGGGAGUCAGGAGGUCUUGAUGUCACACUUAAUAAUAAUAAUAAUAAUAAUAAUAAUACAAUAAAUGUUAAAUAAGAUCUAGCUGUAGCUCUUUGGUGUCUACUUUAUUAGGUGUUUCAUGUUUCUGAGUGUUUAUGAAUCUCUGGAUUUCUGCUAUAUCAGUCGCACACUUCACACACACUCGUUUUUUGUUUUUUUUCAUUAUUUAUUUUUAAUGCAUUUUCUCUCCAAACCCUGCAAUGUUUAAUUUCAGAAAAAAAGUACUUUGCAACGGCACCCCAGAAGGAUGAUGGAAGUAUUUGUAUUGCAAUGUAUUAUGCAUGAGAAAAAAAUAAUUAUAAAAUACCAGUCCAACAUCCACACACAUACACACACACACACCAGAUGAUCAGUGUGACAUUUUCUGCAGAGAAUGUAUUCUGUAAGGACGCUGUCGUCUAGUUUGGUAAUGUAAAAACUGAAAAUGGGAAGCUCAGCUCUUUUGGAUUUGUGAAUGUAUGCGUCUUGUGAGUAACUGUGCCACUUCUUAAAAAAAAAAACAAGUCUCACGUGAUGGAGUGACUGGUGAUCAGGUCGUCAGCUAGAAGGUUUUCUUUUUUUUUUUGUAUCGUAUGCUUCAGUGUGGACAUGGAGUUCCAAGUUUUAGAGUUCAAACAGUACUUCUUUCACUUCAGUGUGGUUUCAUGUUCAAAAUGUUUUAUAUAUAUUGUGGACAGUUUGUACAUACUGUAAUUGCUAAAUAGCAUACUGCCGAUGAAUUGUAAAUUGUUUAAAUCAUUCCGAAGAGUCAUUGAUAACGAUUUCUUAACUUAUACCGUAACUGAGCUAUCACACUGCUUCUUGUUCAUAUUUUCAGCUCCAUGCACGAACUAGAAAAAGUUCCACCAUUAGGCUUGUACAUCUCCCUCAGUUGUUUUUCUGCGUGAUGUUCUGAAGAGCAUGGGUUCAUCUCAGCUGGAAAUGUUUUUACCCUUUAAGGAAAAAAUCUCUGACUUUAUUCAUUUUUUAAAUGUUGCACUGCUACUCCACCCACUGCGGAUUAAGGGAUGAACCCACGCGAAUGAGCAGAUUUGAAAAAAAGGCUUGCAAAUCGUGUUGUAAGGACAUUUGUGUCUUCCCAGGUCCGAACUGUUGUCGCUGCCUUUAUGUUCUGGUGUGAAAAAGAGUCCUUUUUGCUGUUGUAAAACUCAAAAAAAAAAAAAAACUUCUGUUCAAAUGAAAGUGACUCUGUUCUAAGUGGAAAACGGCCAAUCAAAUAAAGCUUCUACGCCUAA